GCUCGGCCCUUUCCCCUCCCUCGCGCAGGCGCGGCCCGGCCAUGUCCGCCGUGGAGCGGCGCCUGGCCCGUUUUCGGGCAGCUCGCGGCGGGGCUGCCGCCGUUCCCCUGCGCCCCGCUGAGCCGCCGGGAAAGGCCGCGGCUCCGGAGCCCGCUGAGAGCCCGGAUGGUGGCGGGCAGGCCCGUCCCGGCUGGGCGCCGGCGCCGGUGUGGGCACGGCCGCUGCUGCUGAAGGUACUGCUGUGGGCCGUGCUGCUGGCGCUGUUCGCCGAGCUGGAGCUGGGGCUGCCCUACUUCGUCCUGUCCCUCCUCUACUGGAUGUACGCCGGCACACGAGGCCCCGCCGAGCGGCGGCAGGGCGAGCUGAGCGCUUACUCCGUGUUCAACCCCGGCUGCACCGCCAUCGCCGGGACGCUGACGGCCGAGCAGCUGGAGCGGGAGCUGCAUUACCGGCCCGCCGCCGGGAGGUAGCGGAGCUGGGGCCGGGCUGGGGAGGAGGAGGCGCGGCUGUGCCCUGCGCUACGCAGCCCGUGCCUGACUCCUUCCUCGCCGCUCCCGAAUAAAGCCGUAACAAAGCGCCAUCAGCUUGUCGGUGACUUUCUGCUUACCACGGGAGGCCGGUGUUGGACUGCACUUGUAAGGGAGUGCCCCGCUGCUUUCCCGCCCGGCUCUGUCUACACCCAAGACGAGGCACGAGGCGGUAUUGGUACAACUGAAGCCAGCUGCUGCUUCUGAUCAUGCCCUUGUUUCAUCCAAUACAUCAGAUUUUGGUGCAGGUUUCUCGAUUGCUCCGUGUUACAACGUUUGCUGUCUGCAGUGUAAGGUGAAAAUAGCUGUUAUUACUCCUGACAGGUGACACGUGUGGUUUUAACCAUCAUUUAGGAAAAAUAAGGGACAAUGAGCAGCAAAUGCAGAACUAGAGUACUUGCUUGUUGCUGCACUUGGUCUUUUUUUACCACCACACAGCUGGUGAUGCUUCUCACCAUCAUCCCAUGUGCAGCCAGGUGCACUUUUCUUUAUGAGCCACUUUGGUUUUUUAAUGAUCCAUUGGUAUUUCUAUUAUAUAAAUGAUUGCAUGAAAAUAAACCACUGAUACUAAGCUGUAGUGAAGAGCAGUUGGUUGAGUUUACACCCAUUUUGUUGAAAACAAAAGUCGCAACCUUGGUCUUUCAAAUCCUGUUUCAUUGUGUCUUUUCUGUUUUAGCUGUCACUGUAGUUACCACAGGUUCUAUCUUUUGUUGGAUAAGCAAAUGGAAAUGUUAAUUGGACUGAAAAGAGUAAUAGGUUAGGGCACAAGUAAUACCUUGUGACGCUACUAAGUGUCUUUCAGUCUCUCUCUGCAACACUAUCAGCUUCUACCACUGCUCUGCUGUAUAAAUUCUACAUGUUACCUAAAGCCAACCACAGAAUUUUUCUCACUUCUUUCACCAUCCUCUGGCUGAGAUGUACAAACCAGCUGAGUUCUUGCUGUUCUUUUCGCUGAUAUCACCUAAUUCCAUAUGGAUAAUGUGCUCCGUUUUGUUUUCAGUUAACAAAGAGAUAAAGGUUCAGAGCACUCUUUGUAGUGGACACGGAGGUGGAAAUAAUAGAAAUCUUUACUUUCAUGGAAGAACCGUGAAUUAGGAGUCUCAACAAUCUUAGGAAGUAUUCUGGUAAUGAUGGAGUAACAAACAGGUGACAAUUUAGGAAAAGGUAAGUACACCAGUAAGUGAGAGCAUUUUGUGAGCAAGUUGAAACUUUAUUCACAAGGAAUAAAAUAAAUGUGUUUAUGGGGAGCUGAUAAUUUGACACCUUUCACAGAUCCCAUGGGUGUUUUAAGCAAGAAAGACACGCAAAUAAAUAUUAAGGUAACAUCCAUGAAACAAUAAAAUGUUAUAGCAGCAAUAAUGGAAAUAAAGGCUUAAUUUGCUUUAAACUCUAGUUACAUAAUGUCAGGCUGAAUUCGUAGACUAUUCUGUUUAAUACUUUAUGAAACAAAUUACUACACUAAAUGAGAAUGAAGCUGAAAGGCACAAGAAAUAAAAAUUCAUGCAGUUCAUCUGUU